AUGGCCGGCUUCAUGUCCAACUUCUUCCAGUCCGGCCGGGACAAGGCCGCUCAAGAAGUGGCCCGCCCCGCGACGCCUACCAAGAACAACACAAACAACAACUUCCUCAACCCUCUCAACACCCCGCAGGGAAGCCCCAGCAAGAAGACACACCCGCCGGGCGCCCACGACCUGCCUUCGGCUUUUGACAACGCUAUGUCUCUCAACACCAGCGAGCUAGACACGCCCGUUCGUCUGUCGCGGCCCCAGCCCGUCGUCACCCCUCUCUCUCCUGCCAAAACCAAUGCCCAGCCCUUUGACGAGAGCAGCCUUGUUGCCGAUGAUAGUGUCCUGCACAAGGGGCCGAGUCCGGGCAGCCCUCUGCGGAAGCAAGGCCAGGAGAACACACCUCCUGUUCAGCAUAUGACACACGCGGCGCUCUCGCGCCAGCAGCUGUACGAGGGCAAGGAGCGUCCUCUGACACCCGCCAAAAAGUUCAACACAUCCCGCGCCCUGACAGCCGAGGAACGCGAGAUUCUGCAAAGACCUAGCGUCCGCAGACUCGUCAACGUCACUCAACUAUACUUUCUUGACUAUUACUUUGAUCUUCUCACAUAUGUCGGCACCCGACAGAACCGCCUCGCUGCCUUCAACGCCGAGUUCCCCGCACCGCCGGCGACCGAUGAUGCGACCUUCAAUCAGAUGUGGAGCAAAUAUGCCGGCCGCGAACGUGCAAACCUUCGUAAACGUCGUGUCCGUCUGCGUCAUGGCGAUUUCCAGAUCCUCACUCAGGUCGGCCAGGGUGGUUACGGCCAGGUUUUCCUAGCUCAGAAAAAGGACACGCGCGAAGUGUGCGCACUCAAAGUCAUGAGCAAAAAGUUGCUUUUCAAGCUCGAUGAAGUCCGCCACGUCCUCACUGAGCGUGAUAUUCUCACCACCGCAUCCAGCGAGUGGCUUGUGCGACUGCUCUACUCAUUCCAAGACGACAAGAGUAUCUAUCUUGCCAUGGAAUACGUCCCGGGCGGCGAUUUCCGCACCCUGCUUAACAACGCGGGUGUUCUGUCCAACCGCCAUGCCCGAUUUUACAUUGCCGAGAUGUUUUGCUCCAUUGAUGCCCUGCAUCAGCUUGGCUACAUUCACCGAGACUUGAAGCCCGAAAACUUCCUUAUUGAUUCUACUGGCCACGUCAAACUGACUGACUUUGGUCUGGCUGCCGGUGUCCUGGCUCCGUCGCGCAUCGAGUCCAUGCGUGUCAAGCUGGAGGAAGCUUCGGAGACGUCGGUGCCGUUUGGAAAACCCAUCGGACAGCGUACCGUUUCGGAGCGUCGCGAGAGCUACAGAAACAUGCGCGAGAACGAUGUCAAUUAUGCCAAGUCGAUUGUUGGCUCUCCCGACUACAUGGCUCCCGAGGUCCUUAGAGGGGAAGAAUACGACUCAACAGUUGACUACUGGAGUCUGGGAUGCAUGUUGUUUGAGGCCCUUACUGGUUUCCCGCCGUUUUCCGGUGCUACGCCCGAUGAGACGUGGCGCAACCUGAAGGUCUGGAGAGACGUUUUGAAGCGUCCUGUUUGGGAGGAUCCCGCCUAUUUCCUGAGCAACCGCACAUGGAACUUCAUCACCACUUGUAUCAACUCGCGCAUGAGGCGCUUCAACAACAUCAAGGACAUCUACAAUCACCAGUACUUUGCCGAGGUGGACUGGGCGACGCUGAGGCACACGCGCGCGCCGUUUGUGCCUGAGCUGGACUCGGAGACGGACGCCGGCUACUUUGACGACUUUGGCAACGAAGCCGACAUGGCCAAGUACAAGGAGGUGCACGAGAAGCAGAUGGCGCUUGAGACCAUGGCCGACCGCGAGGACGAGAUGAGCAAGAGCCUCUUUGUCGGCUUCACGUUUCGCCACCGCAAGACCGCGCCGGGCGAGGAUGGUGCCGGCGGCGGCAGCCCGCGCAAGAGGAUCCCGGUGGACGACGCCUUUGGCACGAUGCUCUAG